AUGUCCAACAUUUACACGUCAGAUUUGAAGCACCAUAGAAGAGCGCCGCCUCCUCCGAUUGCUCAAUUCAAUAAGCUCAAUGGUAACGGGUCGUCCACGUCGAUUGGAACAAUUUCUUCAACUUCAAGCGGUAAUGGUAUGCUUGGUGCUCCAUCAAAUUCGACCGGUGGUAUAGGUCAAGCGUCUGGGUUUAAUUCUACUAAUACCACCAUCAUAUCUUCAUCAUCAUCAACUACUGUUCCAUUGAAAGAUUUGACUUCUGCUUCUUCCCCACAGAUUAAAUCUAAAAGACAUGCUGGAUGGGUUCACGUCAAAGAUAAUGGUCUUUUCAGUCUGUUCCGUUGGAAUAAACGGUUCAUGAUAAUGAAUGAUAAAACGUUAAACUUUUAUAAAACAGAACCUUAUAGUUCUCCUACUUUUUCUUCAACUACUGAAGCAACCUCUGCAUCUUCUCCAACUGAUUCUACUCAUGGAGUUACCCCGGAUUUAUCAUUCCCUUUGAAUUUGAUUUCAACAAUUAACUUGAAACCAAAUCCAGGUUAUUCCAAGUCCUCCCAUACAUUAGAGAUUAUUCCUAAAAACUCAAACAACGCAAAGGCCUUGUUAAUCUCUAUCAAAAAUAAUAAUGACUAUCUAGAUUGGUUGGAUGCCUUCACACUCAAAUGUCCUAUGGCUUCAAUUGGUAACUAUACCGUUCUUAGUGGCAUAUCGUCGCCUAAUACCGGUACUGGUAACAACCAUCAUUUAGGUUUACCAUCGCCUUACUCAUCUGGGUCCACUGCUAUCGGAUCAAGCUCAUCUUCCUCGUUACCAACAGGUUCACUUAGCUCACUGACAACUACAUCAUUAUCCAAUUCCGGUUUCACAGUGGGAACCGCAGGGGUUUCAUCACCAAUAAACUUCACCCAUAGAGUUCAUGUUGGCUUUGAUCCAGCGAGUGGGAACUUUACAGGGUUGCCAGAAACUUGGAAAUCACUUUUACAGCAUUCCAAAAUCACAAAUGAAGAUUGGAAAAAGGAUCCAGUGGCUGUGAUUGAAGUAUUGGAGUUUUAUUCUGAUAUUAAUGGUGGCUCAGCUUCAAAUACUCCAGUUGGGAGUCCCUUGAUCUCAAAUGUAAAUAAUAACAACAUAAAUUCCCCUUUUGGUCCCAUAUCAUCAUCCUCCAGUGCCACCACGAACAUCCCUCCAACUGGCGGUUUUUCACAGUUAUCUGCUUCUGCCAAAGAAAUUAUACCUAAUGCUACUUCUUCUUCGUCCAAUGGGCUUCAAGACUUGGUCAAACAUCCUAACAAGCAACAGUCACAAUUCAAACCAUCAAGAGCGGCUCCUAAGCCUCCUGUUCCCUUCCACUUGUCUCAAAAGACUACUGCCACAUCAAGUGAUAAACCACCUUCAUCUGGUGGUACUAGUUCUCCAUUGAGUCAUCUUUUGGCUAAGGAUACUAAUGAUGCUACUCUUUCCGCUGUUAGAAAGGCCCCUCCACCACCAUUGGUUCAUCUGUUUGGACAACCAUCACCAUCUUCAUCUCAACCAACCACUCCAAUCUCGGCAACUUCUCAAGGUUCGUCAUUGAAAAAGCCAUUAACUCCCCAAACUGGCGUGUCGACGUCUCCUUAUAACUCACAACUGGGAUCAUCGUCGUUGUCGCUGUCGUUACCCAAACAAGCACCACCUUCGUUCCCUUCAAGCAAGCCACAACUGCCAAGUUCACCCUCUUCCCGUUUAUAUAAGCUGUCCGGAACAACUGCCACUACUCCUGCUUCUGUGACAACGACUGCUAAAUUACAAACAGAGGGCGAACUGAACAGCAAUGGAGAUGUUCAAUUAAAGCCAUUCAAAUUGAAUAAUAAAGCUGAUGUUUCGGCAUCUUCGUCGUCACUGUCUGGUUCAUCAUCAAGCAAAAGCUUGGGAGCAAGACCUUUAGUUCUGCAACAACAACAACAACAACAACAACAAGUACAUCAUCAACCAAAGUUACAGGAGCAUUCUCAUACUGGACUUCAACAACAACCUUCAGGGGUCGUUGCACCUUCGAAGAGUCACAAGCCACCACACGGGAACACUUCCAAUUCCAAUAAUGGUGCCGGUCACCUGCAACAAAGACAACAGGCAAAGCAAGCCAAGCGUGAGAAGGAGAAAUUGAACGAUAUGCAAGUUUUGGCUAAGUUGAAGACUGUUGUCAACAGUAAUGAUCCUACACCAUUAUUCCGGAUCAUUGAACGUGCUGGCCGUGGUGCUCUGGGUGCUGUAUAUUUGGCUCAGAAUAGACAAUCUGGAGCCAAGGUUGCUAUCAAGCAAAUGGACUUGAACGUUCAACCACGUAAAGAGUUGAUUAUUAACGAGAUCUUGGUGAUGAAGGAUAGUCAGCAUAAUAACAUUGUGAACUUUUUGGAUUCCUAUUUACGUAAUAGCAAUGAUUUGUGGGUUAUUAUGGAGUAUAUGGAGGGAGGUUCAUUGACAGAAGUGAUUGAGAAUAAUGAGUUUAAGUUGAAUGAAAGACAGAUUGCAACUAUUUGUUUCGAGACAUUGAAAGGGUUACAAUUCUUACAUCGUAAGCACAUUAUUCAUCGGGAUAUUAAAUCAGAUAAUGUAUUACUUGAUGCUAAGGGUAAUGUUAAGAUUACUGAUUUUGGAUUCUGUGCUAAGCUUACGGACCAACGGAAUAAAAGAGCUACUAUGGUGGGUACACCAUAUUGGAUGGCUCCUGAAGUGGUUAAACAAAAGGAAUAUGAUGAGAAGGUUGAUGUUUGGUCCUUGGGUAUCAUGACCAUUGAAAUGAUUGAAGGUGAACCUCCAUAUUUGAAUGAAGAACCGUUGAAGGCCCUUUAUAUGAUUGCUACCAACGGGACACCCAAAUUAAAGAAACCAGAAAUGUUAUCUAAUCUGAUCAAGAAAUUCCUAAGCAUUUGUCUCUGUGUUGAUGUCCAGUACAGGGCCACGACAGAUGAAUUGUUGGAGCAUUCAUUUAUCAGACACAAGUCGGGAGUCAUAGAGGAUUUGGCUCCAUUACUUGAAUGGAAAAAGAGACAAGCUGCUCAAAAGGAACUGGUGUAG